AGAGGAAUAGAGGCCAGAAAUGUUUUUUAGAAAGAAUAAUCUGCAGUUUCUGAGUGUUUUUGUUUUAACUUGCAAUGCAUUUGAAUGAAUGUAUCUGUGUGCAUUCUUUCUUUUUUAGGGUGGAACAUGGAGGGCUGAUCCGGAUGACACCGGGAAUAAGGAAAUAUGCCUGUGAACUCACUCUGGACCCAGACACAGUGAGCAAACGCCUUUUUCUGUCUGAGAAGAAUAGGAAGGUGCAGUGUGUGAGAAUCCAGCAGCAGAAUAAGAGACCUCCGGAUCAUCCUGAGAGAUUUGAAUACUAUCAGCAGGUUCUGUGUAGAGAGAGUCUGACUGGACGUUGUUACUGGGAGGUCGAGUGGAGUGCAAGGGAGGCUGUUGUAGCAGUGACAUAUAAAGACAUAAAGAGAAAAGGAGGCGGUGAUGUAUGUGAGUUUGGAUUCAAUAAUUACUCCUGGAGACUGUACUGCUCUAAAGACAGAUACUCUGUCAGAUACAAUAAUCAGGAAACUGUUAUACCUGCCCCCCCCUCCUCCUCUAACAGAGUAGGAGUGUAUCUGGACUGGGGGUCCGGCACUCUGUCCUUCUACACCUUCUCACCUAUCACGCACACACUGACCCACCUACACACACUCACCACCACAUUCACUAAACCGCUGUACGCCGGGUUUAAGGUAUGUAAUGGCUCUGUGCGUUUGUGUGAGAUAGAAAAGUUUUCCAACUGUGAAUGAAUUAGGUGACCUCUAUAAUAUACGAGAUCUGGUUUCUUAGUUUACAUAAUAAGUACAAAUAAUAUAACUUCAUGGUUAUAAUGAUGACAAUACAGCUGUCCUUCCCAUAAAGAUGCUAAGUGAGUGUCUUAUAUUCAUUCACAAUUGGAUGACUAGUCAUUGUGCUCAACCUAAUGUCAAUAAAACCAAGGUCUUUUUUAUUGCUCCCUCUGAAGGCCACAGCCUUCCAAUAGUGUAGUGUAGCAUUAUGUAGCAGAUACAGUACAGAGCUUUGCUUUACUACACAGAAUGUGUGGUAACAUUUUCUAUGAAUGUCACAUUAGUA